AAUGUGACAAAACAGGCCGACACCGAAUCAGUGCGAGUGGACGGUCGUGGUCCGGCCCAGAUCCACGACGUGCAAUUCCAGUGUAAACCAUCAUUACCCAAAGAGGGAUAUUCACCAAAAGUGGAGAGACUUGAAGAGGAGCGCAAGAAAUUGCAAGAUGAGAAGGAAAAGACUGAAGAUCGUCAGAAAAUAUUGCAACGACGAGUGGAAGUGCUCGAUGAAAUUGUUGCAAAGAUUAAAAUGGAUGAGUCGUGA